AUGUAUGUCUCCAAUGCUUCCACGUUCUGCAGUUGUCUUGCUGGCCUUCUAGCAUUGGUAAAAUAUUCUAGGGUAAGACUAAACGCGAACUGGGUCACAGAGAUAAAUUCAGUGAGAGAGAAUAUCCGGAAGAUAUAUAAAUGAAAUGCCAGCAAAAGUAGCCAUCGCAUCGCAGCUUGCAGGCGCCACCAAUGUCACAUUUACACGAAUUCCCUUUAAUAAUUUAAAUGAUUUAUUCAUUACCAUUUCGUCAUUCUUACUGUAUGAAAUGUUCUUCAAUGUGAUAUUAAAGAGAAAUAAGACGUAUUAUUCUUAACUUUUUUUUUUCGUUUCAAUUUCUACAUGAGAAAUUUCCUCGAAAUUCGUAUCUCUGACAAAUUUUUAAAUCUAUCUGUAAAUCACAAUGAAAUUAAUUCUGUUUAUUAAUAUUUAAUGAGAUGAAAGAUAUCAUUAGUACGUGUUUGACGCCAGGAAAUAAAUAGAAACUUUUAUUCAAAGUGCUUCAUCUCUAUUUCGUGAAUCUCUAUUUGGAGAAAUAGGCAUUUUACAAGAUUUAAGAUGUUGAGAUAAACGUUUGUUUUUCAAGAUUUGCAUCUGAGUAAAGAACGUUACGGAAUCUCAAUCUUAAAUUAAGCGUUUGUGUAACACGCUAUGCAAAUAGUGUCUUUUCACGGUAACAUCUAUGUGCUUGACAUAUUUGACACGUGUCAUUUUUCAGUGUCGAUGAACUCAACAAUUCCACGCCGGUUAUAAUAAUUUCAUUAGUUAGAAGAAUUCUCUAAGAAUAAAUCAUGCUUCUGGAUAGUGACUUUCAUUAAUAUCCAGACACUCUGUUACUUAUGUAUUUGUUUGUGAUGAUAUCAUUGAAUCAAUUGGUGGAAAUAUAAAUUUUAUUUAUUCAACGCACAGAUGAUUCUUUGUCUAAGAAGCAGUAAACUAAAUAUUGGCGAAGAUUUUAUUAACAUUUGAGAUCAAAAGUUUCUUCUCUGAGCGUGCCUGAUUACUUUUACACUGAAAUUGCUGUUUCACAUUAGUCAUAUUAUAUUAUGAGACAUUAGUCACACCUAUCUUUGAACAUUAUUAAGAAAUAUUUUUUUUCAUUUCAAGGUAAACCGUUUUUUCCUCCGUAUAUUAUUAUCUCUUUACCUCACGUCAAGCUAUUCAACAAAUAUCAUUAAUCUCAUAGAAGUUUUCACUUUUAAAUACCUCAUUUAGUACAUAUAUCUAUAAUUCGAAUUUACAAAUUCAGACACAAAUUUUCGUUCAUUUAUUCGUUAAAAAAUUCAUAAAAAGUUCUUUCAAAUGUUUUCAUAAAGAUCAGUUUCAAAUGCUUUUUUUUUUAUUACUAUUUAUGUUUAUCUUUAUCCUAAUGUCUGUGGGAUAUCAGUGAAGGAAAAUUGGCAAAUUUGAUAAUAUCUCGCCUCCGGCAUCUCAAAGAAUAAUUACAUGGUCUUCCAGACGAACGGAUUGCAAAAGGAGCAGUAGAAUGACAUGAAAACACAGCCGGUAAAAGCUGGAAUCUUACGCAGAGAGUGACAUCCUAUUUCCACCGGGAAAUGAAAGGAGUGCUCGCAGAACGAAUCUCGGUACAUGGUGUGACUUCUUAUGUUAUCAGCUCUUUACGUUGUCCUAGUCGAACUGCAAAUUGUGAGAUAGAAAAUAAACAGAAGCUACGCAAUAUCGUGAACAUAAUAUGCGGACUUUUGUGCAUUUAUGAGAAACUUAACCAUAGAAUGUACAGUGACGAAUAAAGGAAAGUAUAAGAGCCAAAGGAUUUACUUAAUAAACCAGAAUUUUAUAUUUAAUAUAAAAGAGAGUGAGAGACCAACGAAUAUAUAUAUAAUGUGCAUUACAAAAUAGAAAAAAAAAUUCGUGUUUAUAAAACAAUUAAUCAGUUAUAAUUGAUUGUAUUCCUCGUGAAUAUUGUAAAAACAAACUCAGUGAUCUUCGAUGUUUGCUAAUCCCAUGAAUCACCAUUACCAAUGAACACAACUAAUUAAUCGAGUACAAUAUUCUCACGAUGGAUUAAUGGAAAAUUCUUUUCUAACGAGUCACGAAUUUCACUUGCAAAUGUCGGCUAACGAAGACUGAUUUACGACGUAACGAACGUUUACCACAAAUACACGUGCAUUAAAUUCGAAUGCUAUCGACGAGGAAGAUGAUUGUAUCGAGACUAUGGUCUUAGCAAAACUAAACUAUGAUUGCUAAAUCAGUGUGGGAAAAAUAGUUGGCUGGCAGAACGUGCAUCUUCAAAUAUCAGGCACUAUGACGAGGAAGGAUCCAUUGAUCUACGAAUUGAUGCACGCCGAUUUCUGUACUGCGAGAUAAGUUCAAUAGGUCUUGGAUUCCGUGGAACAAUAUUCUGA